CAGAAUCCAGACACGCAAGUAAAAUAUGCCCAUAGUAGGUAUAGAAAAAGAUUGGGAAUUGGAAUGGUAAUGGAGAUAGACGUAAUACUUCGUAUUAUAUUCCACUGGAAGCGCUAGCAUGAGCAGGUUAUUGUCUAAUUUGAUAAAAAUGUAAUUUUUCUCUACAGAGUGCAGGCCACAACCUAUUAUAGACCGUCACACAACCAUAGGGCAUAGUAUCUUAAAUCGUGGUUACUGGUUCGUGGCUAAAAAAUUAUCAUUUUUGAUUUUUAUCAUUAAUCAUUACUCAUUACCAGCGUAACGGCUUUCCGCUUUUAGAUACAUUAGGAUAGGAUUCAGUUGUUAGUUGGCAAGAACAAGUUUCUAAAAUGCCAACAACUCGUUACACCCACGCGGUGGUAAAUCGUUUACCACGAUCGCUAAAAGACCGACAACCUACGUUGGACUACGAUCGAGCUAAACGGCAACAUGAGAACUACGUUCAAGCCCUGCGAGAUAUUGGUCUUGACGUGAUUGAAAUGCCAGCAGACGAGGAUACACCUUGGUGUGUUUUCGUUGACGACACCGCGUUUGUGUGCAAUGGUACGGCGAUCAUCACUAAGCCCGCUGAGCCCGAAAGACUGAAAGAAGUUGAAGCAAUAAGAGCGGUGUUGAAGAAAGAAAUUGGUUUGCCUAUUGUUGAGGUUUCUGAUAAAUCUGCAAAAUUACAUGGAAGCGAUAUAUUAUUUACAGGCCGAGAAUUCUUUAUUGGAAUAACAAAAUGGACUAAUGAAUCGGGAGCAUGUGCAGUUGCAUCUGCUUUUCCCGAAUAUCCUUGUACUCCAAUUAAGGUUACAGAAAACAAGCAUCUUAAAACAAUUGUAUCAAUGGCAGGACCAGAUCUUAUGUGUGUGGGCUCGAGUGAUUCUUCAAAAAAUGUUUUGAAGAGAUUAGAAAGAGAAGCUACGUAUAGCUACCAAAUUCUUACAUUACCCGAAGAUGAAGCCGCUAAUGUUAUGUACAUCAAUGGUACAUUAUUACAUCGGUCAGCCAAAGAAAUACCAUUAUCAUUCAAUGUUUUAGCAGAGAAAAUAACUGACUUCACCCUACAAUCAGUAGAUAUUUCUGAACUUUUAAAAUGUGAAGGAGCCAAUUUAAAUUCAUGUUGUCUUUUAGUCAGACGUACAAAACAUAUUAGGAGUUUAUAAUUUUUUAUUAUGUUAUGCAAUUUUAUUCAUUCCCCUACAUCAGUAUUAUAUACACCACUUUUCAUGAUCAACUUAUUUAUACACACAAUAUAUUAUACAUACUCACACAUAUUAUGUUUUUAAUUCUAAUGCUUAUUAGUAUGUUGCAUGACAACAUUUUUAAAAAAUUAAUGUGUACUAAAAUUAAAUCUUAACACAGUA